AUGAUUUCACAAAUUUUUAUUAUAUCGCCUCAACGUGGAGAUAUGCUUAUAUCUCAUGAUUAUCGUUAUGAUAUACAACAAGAUGUGGCAGAUCUACUUCUUGAACGAAUACAUAGUUGGCAUAAAGAACAUGGAAUAUUAGAUCAAGGCUUGCCACCAGCAUUUAAUGUUGAUGGAGUUCAAAUUCUAUUUACCAAUGUUCAAGGACUAUAUUUUGCAUGCACAACAAAAUUUAAUGUUUCACCUUUCAUGGUUUAUGAAUUACUUGAUUGUAUAGUGGCAUUGAUUAAAGAAUUUUGUGGUGUUUUAAGUGAAGAAAGUAUACGAUUAAAUUCUAGUUUGGUUUAUGAGUUGUUGAAUGAAGUGAUUGAUUAUGGAUAUCCACAGACUACAAUAACUAAUCAAUUGAUCAAUUAUGUUUAUGAGGAUCAAGUGUCAGUUAAACGAGAAAAUAUUAUUACAAAUUCAUUGGCAAAAUUAAAAUCAUCAGGAACUAUUUUAGGAUCUUCUGGUAGUAAACCUAUAACUUAUGGUCGAUUAGAUAAUAAAAACACAAGACAAAAUGAAGUUUUUGUUGAUAUUAUUGAAAGAUUAGUAGCAACAUUCUCAUCAAAUGUAUGUGAUGAAGAUGAACAUUAUGGGAUUACUCUUGAUGAUUAUAAAUUUCAUGACUCUGUUGAUUUUACAGAGGGAGAAUUUAUUGCUAUGAGUUAUCGAGUUUCUGGUGAUUUUGGAUUACCAUUUCGAGUGUUCCCAAGUAUUUCUGAUAUUUCUGAUGACUCAAAUAGAAUCGAUGUUACUAUACGUGUUCGAGCUGAUAUCCCUGAUAAUUUUAUUGUCAAUAAAUGUUUAGUUAUUAUACCUGUUCCAAGAGCAACUUUAAGUGUUUCUAAUGAAAAUUUGGAUGGAUCAAUUGAUCAAUCGGCUCAAUAUGAUAAUCAAUUAAGAAAAGUUACUUGGACUAUUGUUAAAUUUAAAGGUGGCACUGAACAAUCAAUCAAGAUUAAGAUUACUGGUAUUAAAUCAUUGUCACCUGUGUCAUUAUUGGAAAUGGGGCCAAUAAGUCUCGAAUUUGAUAUCCCAAAUUACACAUGCUCAAAUAUUCAGAUUCGUCGAUUAAAAGUGUAUGAGAACAAUAAUUUGUCACUUCCUCAACGUUGGGUCAGAUAUUCCACAAUUUCUGAAAGUUAUAUUUUUCGUAUCUAA